AGAGAGAGAACAGAAGCGCGAUCUGCUCUCCAUGCCUUCAGUCUAGCGGAGCGGGCGAUGGAUGUGAGAUUUUACCCUGCACCUCCUUCAAGCGUGGGCUCCUGUACAUUACCCACCGACACAAGCCUCUCCUCUCUGGACUAUUACCACUGCAACAAGAGCAGAUACGGUGUAGGAGAUCGAGGUGUUAGGCUGUACGGCGCUUUACCCGUGAGGCCCAACCCUGAGGAGAAAAGACUGCCCUCUUCAGGGUUUGAUGGUGACAACAUGUACAUGAGUGAGAACAACCAAGAGUUCCUCUCCCCGAGUCAGCAGAAUUACUCAGGACAGGGAGGGGGCAGCGGGAACGGCGGAGGAGGGGGAGACGAGGACUACGAGAUCCCCCCUAUAACCCCACCGAAUCACCCCGAGCCGCCGCUGCUGCACCUGAUGGACCCCGAGUCCAGCUACCUGUGUCACUCCAUCCCUCACAACGGCCUGAUCAACCCGUACUCAUACCCCGAGCUGCCUGCCCUCAUGAUGUCCAACAUGCUCGCCCAGGACGGACACCUGCUCUCCAGCCAGAUGCCCUCGAUGCCGGUGUUUGCGGGGCAAGCGGGCAGUCAUUACCCCCGUGCCCACCACAGCCCCAUGCUAAACCCAUCUGCCCGGAUACUGCCCCACCCCAUGAGCGCCCUGUCCCAGCUCAGCUCUCAGAUUGGCCAAGGCUCCUUUACACACGGUUCCCCAUCAUCGUCAGGAAGUCAGUCAGCCACGCCCUCCCCCUCAAGCUCCGCCCAGGAAGAGGAAGCAAAGUACCACUCAAAGAUCACAGGAGAGAAGCGACCCUGCUCUGACAUGAUGAAGCCCAAGCCCAAACCUCAGAAGAAGAAGAAGAAGAAGGACCCCAACGAGCCGCAGAAGCCCGUCUCAGCCUACGCACUCUUCUUCAGGGACACUCAAGCCGCCAUCAAGGGCCAAAACCCCAACGCCACCUUCGGAGACGUCUCCAAGAUCGUGGCCUCCAUGUGGGACAGUCUGGGAGAGGAACAGAAACAAGCAUACAAACGGAAAACAGAAGCAGCAAAGAAGGAGUACCUAAAGGCCCUGGCAGCGUACCGAGCCAGCCUGGUUUCCAAGACCUACAGUGACCCGGUGGAGAGCAAAAGCUCCCAGUCUAGUCAGCCGUCAUCACACAUGAUGCCCCCCAACGCCCUGUACAGCGUCCCGCCCCAGCCCUCCUCCCCAUACCUGGGUCCCAGCCCCUUCCCUCUCUCGGACCUCCAGAGCUACGCAGCGGGGGCUCCCAGACACGGCCUGCCCCGUUCGGCCAUGCUGCCCGCGCUCAGUGCCUCCCCCCCAGCGUCCUUCCAGAUCAGCCCUCCCCUCCACCAGCAGCUCUCUCUGCACCAGGGCUCCCUCCUCAACCAGCCAAUCCGCAUGCAGCAGGUCCAGUCGCAGCCAAUCAUCUCUCACCAGAUGGGCCUCCAGGCUCCGCUGCACUCCCCACCCCCAGGACAGCAGGGAUUCUCUCACUUACAGUCCGAGUAUCAGAAGAGCGUGGGGGGGUCUCAGUCUCCAGGGGCUCCAAACCCAGCGGGCCAGAAUCCCGACUGGGACAGCGAAUACUGCAACCGGGAAUGCGGCGGAAACCACUGCAGUGGCAGUAUGAUAGGCAGGGAUAAGCCACUCUACCUCACUUGAAGCAAAACAAGGAGAACGGAAAGAGAAAAGAAGAAACAACACCAGGGAGUCCCCCGCACCUCUUCACCCUUCCCAGACAUCAUCAGUUUCCCUCAGUGUCAUUUUUCAUUCGUUUUUAGAAGGAUGUGUGUGUUUACGCGUUCUGAAGACUACUAGUGAUCCUUUCAUUUUUGCCAAGCACUUAAAAAUGUACAGGCCUCUCCGCCAGAGACCUCAGAGAGCACUCACCCCGUCUCUGAAUAAACUUAAAAGAAAACAACAAAAAAAGAUGUAUAUAACAAAAACGAAAAGGAAAAAAAAUAAAGCAAACUACCAUUAAACUGGCCCUCAGGGCAAAUGAGCUUUAACUAAAACAGAGGAAAACUCUCCUCGUAGUUUCUCAGUUACUUUCCCUCUGGUCUCAUUUUUAUUAUUAUUUUUUUUGUUUGUUUUUGUUUUGCUGUUGUACUUUUAUUUAUUUCCUGCUUGCAACAUUGCGCUUCUUUUGGCCAACAGGUCCUUUACUUUAGAGAAAAUACUCUUCUGAGGGCGAUACGUUGCUGUUCAGCUAAUGCUCUGUGAAUUUUAGGCAAAAAAAGAUAGACAAGAAAAAAGAAAUACACAAAUGGAAAAAUUGAUAAAUACAACUUCUUUUUGUAAUUUUAAAGACCCGUGUAGGUCUUUGUUGAUCUGUCACAGUGUGAUUGUAAAUAUCACUUUUUUGGGGGUCAAAUUGGGAAGAUGAAGUCCAGAUAUUUUUUCUUCUUUAAUAUGACUUAUAAUUCAUUGAUUUGUAUUUUAAAUGGUAUUUUGUGAAUGCGUGCCGGUAUGAAUGAGUGUGUGUGAGUGUAUUUGUGCGUUGUGUAACUGAACAGCCUGUGCAGGUGAUAUCAGAAGAGUGUUUCCACACGUACACAAUCUUGCAUUAAAAUCUGUGCUCACUGGUGUGAUUUCCCAAAAAAAAAAGAUUUAUGGCAAAAAUCAUGACAGACUGCAUGACCUGGCUCUCCAUUUAGGCUCCCCGAAUUCAUCAGAGCCUCAUUUUUGAUUUUGAAGCAGGACUCCUGCACGACUGUAUGGAAGUUUGUUUCCACCACUGAAUACAAAAUAAUAAUUGUGACUUUCUCUUUCUAAAAACUUGUUAUUCUUACUUUCAUCUCAGAAUUGCGAGAUACAGUUCUGAGAAAAAGUCUGAAGUGCAAGAAAUAAAGUCUGAAUUGCGAGAUAUAAACUCACAAUUGUGAGAGAAAAAAGUCCGAAUUGCAAGAAAAAAGUCAGAAUUGUGCAAUAGUAACUCAAUUGCAAGAUAUAAACUUGCGAGUUUAUACUAUCACACAACUCUACGAAAAAAGUCAGAAUUGUGAGAUAAAAAGUCUAAAUUACUUUUUUUUUAUUCAGUGGCGGAAAUGGGCUUCCAUAACUCUGAGAUCGCAAAUGUAUAGUUUUACGAAGAGUGUUCACAGCCAAAAUUGUGAGGUGAUUUGUCGAUUUACUCUCAGGUUCUACAUGCGACGUAUAGAAGCGUAAAUGUUCCAGAUUCAGGUCAAAGGCCAGAAACAUACUUCACGCAAGUACGCAGAAGUGAACGCUUGGCUGACACGUUGCAAGCGCAGUUUCCAAAUGUUUGUGCCAUUAAUCCUUAUUAUUCAGCAAGAUUCUCUUCGGUUUAUGUUAAUAUCGCCACUUGUGGCAACACAGAUAAUGCACCGCAUUUCACGUUUGUGUGCUUGCAUAGAGUUUGUUUCAAGCCUGAAGCAGUAGUUCUGUUGAAACCCGGGUCAUUUCUUUUGCCUGGUCUUGACUGACGUUAAAUCCACCAAUAUAACAUGUAAAGGUGAACUAUAAUGUUCUCAAUGUGAGAUAAUACAGCACACAGUAAAACAACAGUGGGUCUAUAGUUUUCUAGUAGCUUUUGCUAGAUGUUCUAUUGUGUUGAUCUCAUCUUUAAGUUUUGUGGGAAAAAAUUAAAUACAUUUUAUCAUUUAGUCGAACAUUUUAUUUGAAUCUUUUUUUCUACUGUAGCAUACUAUUUUUAGUUGAAUAAAAAGAAUAACUUCUAAGACAUUUAAUUUGUGUACAAACCUGCCAAUUGUAGUUAUUUUAUUUGUAAAGUCAGCAAUGAUAAUUAUUUUAAAAUAAUUGUUAUCAACAAGUUGCCCAUCAGUUAAUAUUUAAUAAUGUUUAACAGGUUUCUAUUUAUGAACAAAAUGAGAUCAAUUUUGCUUAUAACUACAAUAUUUGAAUUCUAUUGUUUUUUUUGUUUUUGUUUUUUUGUUUUUUGAUUAUGAUGAUGAUGAUGAUGAUGAUGACAAUUGCUUUUAUUUUUUAUUUUUACUUUUUGAAUGCUGGUUUUUUUCUUUCCUUGCCAGCCAGGUCAUUUUGUGUCACUAUGCCUUUUGUUUCAUUUUGUCCGUAAU